AUGGCGGACUGCUUCUUCCUGGGCCAGGCGCGCAACCCGCUGAACGCUGGCACGGCGGAAUCGUCGAAGAUAGUCCAGCAGGAACUCCUCCAGCGCAUCCGAAACCUCGAAGACCUGCUCAAGAAGCACGUCGGGGCUCAUGCUAUCGUCGGUCAGGGCCAGGAAGAGCCUGUGUCGCCGCCGACGACGAACGCUUCCGCCAACACGGAGAGUGAUAGCAGGAGCAACAACAGCUUCAGCAUCAGCAACAACCACAACAAUAACAGCAACAACAACAACAGCAACAACAAUUCAGAGCUCCCGCAGAGUCUGCUGCAGAAUGUUGGGUCUCUAUCGAUCUCGCCGCAGGGCCAUGUUCGGUUCGAGCCGCAGUCGUCCAAGCUGGACUUCCAUCUGGCUCAGAUCUCAGCUAGCGAGUAUCGCAACCAGGUCAACAGCGUCAACGAGGAGAAGCCCAGCGGAUUCCCCUUUGAAUGUGAUGACCCGGCCUCGAGAGACAGGCUGCUUGCUCGUCUGCCACCCAGCAGAUACUGCGAUGCCUUGAAGGACACAUACUUUCGAGUAUUUUCUCCGCUAUUUCAUAUAUUGCACGAUCCUACGUUUGCAGAAGAGUAUGAAUGCUUCAGACAGGAUCCGGGCUCGGUGUCUCUAUCGUGGCUGGCCCUGCUCUUCGUUGUCCUGGCCAUCGGCGUCACCAGCCUGGGCGACGAUGACCCCUUGCUCCCCGAUCUGGGACGAGAAACUACUCCCAGUGCCAAUAUCAGGGUCAUCUCAGAGCAGUACCGGUCUGCAGCCAUGCAGUGUCUUGCUGCAGACCAGGUGCUGUCUCGACACUCCAUGAAGACCUUACAGGCUUUGGUCCUCUUGAUCUAUGCCCUCACGCAUAGCUCGCAGCCAUCCUGGGUCCUCAUCGGCAUGACCCAUCAUGUAGCCAUUGCCAUGGGCUGCCAUCUAGACCCGGAUAACUUCAACCUCAGCCUCGUCGAAGCAGAAGAACGCCGGCGAUGCUGGGCUGGGCUGAUCAUGCUGCAUAUGAUCCAGAAGAUUUCUUACCGCAACCUCGACCGCCAGCGUCUGAGUCGUGACGUUCGUCUCCCCCUGGAUGCCAACGACCUCAAUCUGAUGAAGAACAGCGGUCUCACGAUGGACCAGCUCCGUCACCCUACCGGUCCUACGCAGAUGACUUACCUUCUCUUCAAGUUCCGUCUCUAUGACAUUGCCUUGGCAAUAUGUAACGAGAUAUUUUCUUCGGAAGCAUCUCCUGCUGUCAUAGCAAAGCUGGACAAUGAUAUCACCAGCCAACAGGAACUGUGGACUGCACGCUAUCACUCUGAUACCAGUGUCGAGCCGCUGCCCAGCCAGCACUUUGCCCAUAUCAACAUCCUCUUUGGGUAUUCUCACCAGCUGCGUUUGCUUCUGCAUCGCCCAGCCCUCAACCGCUAUCUAACCGGAGACAUCAACGACCGCACCCACAGUUCCCGGAACCGCUGUCUCGACGCUGCAAAGGGCCUGCUGUCCAUCCAGAAGACCCUUGCUGAAUCACCGCAGUAUGCGCCUUAUAAAUGGUACACUGCUGGGUUGGCUAGCUUCCACGCCUUCCAUGCCGCAGUCGUGCUCGCCGUGAUACUGAUGAACCCUGAAAGCCAGGCGGAAUAUGAUGAAAUCCAUACCCUAUUGGUCGACGCGCUGCAGGUCUUCCAUCUGCUUUCAAGCAGGAGUCCUUUGUGCGAGAAGGGGAUUCCAAUUCUUAGUCAAUUGCUAGAAAUGGCCUCUCCUCAGCCUCAACAUCAGUCCAUACCACAGCAGCAACAACCACAGUCACAGCCUGACCUCAUGCACACCACCAUCCCAUCACCGGAAGAUACCCCCCUUCCUUUGCUUACUCACGGAUGCCCGGUGCCAGAACCAGCAUUCGACUUUGCAAACCCGCAUGCCGAAGCGAUCCAGUCCCAGCUCCAAGCUCAAUAUUGGGUCACAGCUGGCAGUAUCCCAUGGAAUAACUGGGGUUUCAUUAUCCAUCAGGGUAUUCAGGGAGCUGUGUAA